AUGGCCAAGUUUCUACUAUGUGUUCUUGUUUUUGCUUUAUGUUUUGUAUCGACACAAUCCCGUCCCAUCUUCAUUGAUUCAAGAAAGGUUUAUAACGUGGUUGAUUAUGGAGCUGUAGGAGAUGGACUUGCUGAUGAUACCAAGGUUAGACUAAUGGACUUUGCUUAUGAGGUUUAUGAUAUGGUUAAUUAUGUUGCAUUGCCUUUAUGGAUGUUUGGAAAGCUACAUGCAAAUCUUCAAUGUCUUCUCCCAAGUCCCACCAUGCAUGUUCCUCAAGGGAUGACUUUUUGGCUUCAACCCUUGACCUUCAAUGGCAAUUGCCAGUCCAAUAAUAUCACAGUCCAGAUUGAUGAGAUGGAUGACGCAAAGAGGAGAGCUUUGAUCAAGUCCCAAGCCGUCAAGAAGAGGGAAUCCGGCGAGGAGGGUAACAAGACCGUCACCCCAGCGAAGCAGGGGAAGGGUAAGGGAUUGAUGACGGUCCCAGACGGUGAUCCUUCUGCAUGGAAAUGCCCUGAUGACAAAUGCCUUAUCUGGAUCGAAUUCAGUGACUUCAAGGGUCUUCUUAUCCGUGGAUCUGGUACUAUCAAUGGACAGGGAAAAAAGUGGUGGGAUCUGAAAUGCAAAGAAAAUAAAAGAGGUUAUAUAAUAGGAGGCUCUAACAAUGUGCACAUUGAUAGCCUAACCUUUGAGGACAGUCCACAAAUUCACGUUGCUUUUGAAAGGUCCGAAUGGGUGAAUGCUACUUCUCUCACUAUCCAAGCCCCUAAGCAUAGCCCUAACACCGAUGGAAUUCAUAUCCAACAUUCCAAAAACAUCAUCAUAUACAACACUAGCAUUGGGACCGAUAAUAAUUAUAUCUACGUUUAUAUUGAGGGCAGUGAUGACUGUAUUUCGAUCGGUGAUGGUUCGUCACACAUCAACACCAACAAUAUUGACUGUGGGCUAGGUCAUGGAAUAAGCAUUGUAAGUCUGGGUAAGGAUGGAAAGCAUGAAACAGUAGGGUAUGUUCAUGUCAAGGAUGUCUCUUUCACGGGAACCACAAACGGAGCGAGAAUAAAGACAUGGCAGGGAGGGAAAGGAUAUGCAAGAAAUAUAACCUUUGAGCAUAUCACAUCUAUUGGUUCAGCUCGUCCUAUCAUCAUUGAUCAAUAUUACUGUGACCACAAGGUUCACAAGCACUGUGGAAAUCAAACAUUGGCGGUUCGUGUUAGUAAUAUCGUGUACGAUCAAAUAUAUGGGACAUCAGAUAAAGAAAUUGCAUUGGAAUUUUCAUAUAGCAAGUCAGUUCCAUGCUACAGCAUUAUAAUGAGGAACAUUAGUUUACACUCGACUGAAGAUGGAACCCAGACUUCAUCUAUAUGCCAGAAUGUUAGAGGACUUAGAAAUGGUGAAAUAAUUCCAGAUUUACCUUGCCUUAAUGAAGCUGAGAAUUUACCAAUAAUGAAUUAA